GCUUCCACCCCCCCCGCUUUAUUUUUUUUCUCCUCUCUCUUUUUUUUUUUUUUAAUUAUUUUUUCUUUAUGCAAACGCCGGCCGAGGAUUGUUGCACAUAUCCGAGUGGGGAGUGAUUUUGGGAAGCGGGCAAGGAGGGAGCCGGCGGGACCGUGCUGGGCACAGGCAGGUGGAGGAUGAACGGCGAAGCCGAGUGCCCUGCAGACUUGGAAAUGACAGCUCCCAAAAACCAAGACCGCUGGUCGCAGGAGGACAUGCUGACCCUCCUGGAGUGCAUGAAGAAUAACCUGCCCUCCAACGACGGGAGCAAGUUCAAAACCACCGAGUCCCACCUGGACUGGGAAAAAGUGGCUUUCAAGGACUUCUCGGGGGAGAUGUGCAAAAUGAAGUGGAUGGAGAUCUCUAACGAGGUGAGGAAGUUCCGGACCCUCACGGAGCUCAUUAUGGAUGCUGAAGAGCAUGUGAAGAACCCUUACAAAGGCAAAAAGCUCAAGAAACACCCUGACUUCCCCAAGAAGCCCCUGACUCCCUAUUUCCGCUUCUUCAUGGAGAAGCGGGCCAAGUACGCCAAGCUUCACCCCGAAAUGAGCAACCUGGAUCUCACCAAGAUCCUGUCCAAGAAAUACAAGGAGCUUCCCGAGAAGAAAAAGAUGAAAUACAUCCAGGACUUCCAGCGAGAGAAGCAGGAGUUUGAGAGGAACCUGGCGAGGUUCAGGGAAGACCACCCAGAUCUCAUCCAGAACGCCAAGAAAUCCGACGUCCCCGAAAAACCCAAGACUCCCCAGCAGCUGUGGUACAACCAUGAGAAGAAGAUCUACUUGAAAGUGCGUCCAGAUGCCACCACGAAGGAGGUGAAAGAGUCGCUGGGCAAGCAGUGGUCUCAACUCUCGGAUAAAAAGAGGCUGAAAUGGAUUCAUAAGGCCCUGGAACAGCGGAAGGAGUACGAGGAGAUCAUGCGGGACUACAUCCAGAAGCACCCGGAGCUGAACAUCAGCGAGGAGGGAAUCACCCGCUCCACCCUCACCAAGGCCGAGCGGCAGCUCAAGGACAAGUUUGACGGACGACCCACGAAGCCACCUCCGAAUAGCUACUCCCUGUACUGUGCAGAGCUGAUGGCCAACAUGAAAGACGUGCCCAGCACCGAGCGGAUGGUGCUGUGCAGCCAGCAGUGGAAGCUGCUCUCCCAGAAGGAAAAGGAUGCAUACCACAAAAAGUGUGACCAGAAAAAGAAAGACUACGAGAUUGAGCUGCUCCGCUUUCUGGAGAGCCUGCCCGAGGAGGAGCAGCAGCGGGUGCUGGGCGAGGAGAAGAUGCUGGGCGGCAACCGGAAAGGGGCGACGAGUCCCGCAUCCAAAAAAUCCUCACCAGAGACCGGCAAGGCCAGCUCCGAGAAGCCCAAACGACCCAUCUCUGCCAUGUUCAUCUUCUCGGAGGAGAAGCGGAAGCAGCUGCAGGAGGAGCGGCCGGAGCUGUCGGAGAGCGAGCUGACCCGGCUCCUGGCCCGCAUGUGGAACGACCUCUCAGAGAAGAAGAAGGCCAAGUACAAAGCGCGGGAGGCGGCGAUGAAGGCGCAGUCAGAGAAGAAACACGGCUCAGAUAAAGAGGAGCGCGGGAAACUGCCCGAGUCUCCCAAAACAGCCGAGGAGAUCUGGCAACAGAGCGUCAUCGGGGACUACCUGGCUCGUUUUAAGAACGACCGGGGCAAAGCGCUGAAGGCCAUGGAGGCCACUUGGAACAACAUGGAGAAGAAGGAGAAGCUGAUGUGGAUCAAGAAAGCGGCGGAGGAUCAGAAGCGAUACGAGAGGGAGCUGAGCGAGAUGCGGGCCCCUCCGUGCUCCACCAACUCUGCCAAGAAAAUGAAAUUCCAGGGAGAGCCGAAGAAACCCCCCAUGAACGGUUACCAGAAGUUCUCCCAGGAGCUGCUGUCCAACGGGGAGCUGAACCACCUCCCGCUGAAGGAGCGGAUGGUGGAGAUCGGCAGCCGCUGGCAGCGCAUCUCCCAGGGCCAGAAGGACCACUAAAAACUGGCAGAGGAGCAGCAGAAACAGUACAAGGUGCACCUUGACAUCUGGCUCAAGAGCCUCUCGCCCCAGGAGCGGGCUGCCUACAAGGAACACAUUUCCAAUAAACGCAAGAGCAUAGGGAAGAUCCGGGGUCCCAACCCCAAGAUGAAGCCAACGAUGCAGUCCAAGUCGGAGUCGGAGGAUGACGACGAGGAGGAAGAGGAGGAGGAAGACGACGAUGAAGACGAGGAUGAUGACGACGACAACGGCGACUCGUCGGAGGAAGGCGGUGACUCCUCAGAGUCCAGCAGCGAGGAGGAGAGUGAGGACGGGGACGAGAACGAUGAGGAUGACGAAGAUGAGGAUGAUGAGGAUGAGGAUGACAACGACUCAGAGGGCAGCAGCAGUUCCUCCUCCUCCUCGGGGGACUCCUCCGACUCCGACUCCAACUGA